AUGUCCAGACCUGUGGCACUCAUCUUGGGCGCUGGAGCGAACAUUGGCCAAGGUACCGCAGAUGCAUUCCUUGUCGAAGGCUACAGCGUCGCCCUGGUGUCAAGAAAGCCAGACAAUACUCGGACCGCUCCGAACACGAUCAAGAUUGCGGGUAAUCUGUCCAAGCCAGAGUCAGUGCGUGAGAUCUUUGCGAAGGCUGAAGAGCAGCUCGGUAUUCCUGAAGUCGUCGUCUACAGUGUAGCUGCGGCUUUCACAGCGAACUACAAAUUAGAUCCGCUCUCCUUGUCCUUCGAACACUUCAGCCGAGACAUGAACAUCAAAACCUACAGUGCAUAUGUCGCGAUGCAAGAGUCCGUCAAGAGCUUCGCUCAACUUCCAGAAGCUGCUUUCAAGACCUUCAUCUACACUGGAAACCUACUGAAUGAGGCGACAAUGGCUGGCCUUAUGGCUCUUGGCACUGGGAAGACUGCUACAGCGCACGUCAUCGAGACUGCGGCUGCUGCUUACCAAGAUCGGACCCUCAAGUUCUACUAUGCGGAUGAGAGACUUUCUGAUGGCACGCCACCUUUCAUGAACAUCGAUGGAGAGGCGCAUGGGAAGCUGUAUGUGGAGCUGGCAGGCCACAAGAAGCAGGGUCCCUGGCAGCAGACGUUUGUCAAGGGCGAAGGGUACAGGAGCUUCAAAUGA